AGAUUGCUGUCAGGUUGUUGGCUCAUAAAAUCCAGUCUCCUCAGGAAUGGGAGGCAGUGCAAACCCUUACAGUAUUAGAAGCUUGUAUGAAGAACUGUGGCCAGAGAUUUCACAAUGAAGUUGGAAAGUUCCGAUUCCUGAAUGAAUUGAUCAAAGUAGUAUCUCCAAAGUAUUUGGGAGACAGGGUAUCUGAAAAAGUCAAAACAAAAGUGAUUGAAUUACUGUACAGCUGGACGGUUGCUCUGCCAGAGGAAAUCAAAAUCAAAGAUGCCUACCAGAUGUUAAAGAAACAAGGUGUACUGCAACAUGAUCCUCAGAUCCCAGUUGAUAAGACCCUGAUUCUGUCACCCCCAACUCGUCCGAAAAAUGCAGUAUUUGAAGAUAAUGAAAAAUCUAAGCUACUAGCCAGGUUACUGAAGAGCAAAAACCCAGUGGACCUUCAAGAAGCCAACAAACUCAUUAAGAAUAUGGUGAAAGAGGAUGAAGCCCGAAUGCAGAAAAUAACAAAGCGUUUGAACACUCUGGAGGAAGUGAACAAUAACGUACGGCUCUUGAAUGAAAUGCUGGCUCAUUAUAACAAGGAGGAAUCAACAGAAGGGGACAAAGAGCUGAUGACGGAAUUGUAUGAGCGAUGUGAGAAGAUGAGACGGACAUUGUUCAAACUUGCAAGCGAGACUGAGGAUAAUGACAACAGUUUAGGUGAGAUUUUACAAGCCAGCGAUGACCUUUCACGAGCAAUAAACUCCUAUAAAAAGGUGGUUCAAGGGCAGGCUGUAAAUGGGGAGCUUGACCUGCCUGAACUUCCAAGACCAUCAGACAAUAGUGGAGUCACUAACAUUGAGACACUAAUCGAUCUGGCUGGACUGGAUGUUCCCUCAGAAAAGGCUUAUCCCACCAUCUCACCGGUAUUCCCCAUCAUUCCGCCUCCACCACAAGUCUCCACCGAUCCCGGCUCCCGAGCUGCCAGCCUGCCAAAUGUGGUCAAGCAACCUCCCAGUUCCGUUGGACUGCUGGAUGUGGAGCUGCUUUCACUGGGACUGAAUGACCCUCCAUCAAGUUCUGAGAUUGACAAAGACUCUGGAGAGUCUCUGUGGAACAGUUUUCAGGUUGAAGCUUCUGUCCCAAACCCCUUCGCAGGGCCUCCAGCUGCUGAUGGGCCCGUUUCCUCCAUCACUCCUCUGCUGCAGUCUGUACCUCGAACAAGAAACCAGUGUCCAGCUCAGAAUUUCCUGCCAUUCACUGGGGUACCUCCAACUCCACAUGCCCCAGUGGUCCCUUUGCUCAUGAACACUGCUGCCAGCGUCCCUCAGUCUAACCCAGUCUCUGUGUUUCCAACGCCUCCCCUGGAGCCCCAGAUUCCAGGUGCCUUGCUCCAUUCCAGCUCCUGUUCCAAAACAGCACUCAGUAGCAGUAUGCGGGAACUGGAUAUGCUUGGUCAGAAGGUUCUAGAAGAGGUCAAAAGUGCUUCUGGUAUGAUGGGCAUUGUCCCUGGGGCACCAGCAGGCAGUGGGCAUAGUACACCCUCUGUGGCCCCCAGCAGUCCCCUGUUCCGCUCACUCUCCCCUCAGCCAUCCAGUCCUCUCCGAAGUGCUUUUCCAGAAAUGUCACUGAGCAACGUGACAGUUCCUCUGGAGACCAUUAAACCAAGUAACGUUCACCCUGUGACUGCGUAUGACAAAAAUGGUUUCCGGAUCCUCCUGCACUUUGCAAAGGACUGUCCUCCUGCAAGAUUGGAUGUGCUUGUGAUUGUCAUCUCCAUGAUCAGCACCUCAUCCUUGCCUAUUACCAAUGUGGUUCUACAGGCUGCUGUACCCAAGACAAUGAAAGUGAAGUUACAGCCUCCAUCAGGAACUGAUUUAGCUCCAUUCAAUCCUAUCCUGCCUCCAGCUUCUAUUACCCAGAUUAUGUUACUGGCAAAUCCUCUGAAGGAGAAAGUCAAACUGAGAUACAAGCUAACUUUUACAAUGGGACAGCAGUUGUGCUCGGAGAUGGGUGAGGUGGACCAGUUCCCCCCAGCUGAAAAAUGGGGAUGUCUUUGACCCUUCAGCGUCACUCAUAGUUUCCAGUACACCAAACACCUCCAUUUGCUUGAAGCACUUGGGUUGCCUAACUGAAGCACUGUGCCGUCUGAUUGCAGCUGGAAUUGAUGAAGGAACAAAUUGUAAGCUGAGUUUGAGGUCCAUGUCUGUAGCAGGCUGGAUGUGGCCUUUGACUUGGCUGUUUUAUUGCACAGCUGAACGUAUUACACUUGUACUCAAAAUCACUCCAAAUCCGCUCCUCAUCAGAGGCUUCUAUCAUUAUUAUGAAAGGGUCAAUUAAUGCUGCAGUUAUCAGCUAGAAACUUCAUUGAGCAACUGGUUGAAAUUACAGCUCAUAUUAGAUCCUCACAUUGCGGAGUUCCCUAAGUAUCGAGGCUUCCUCAUUGGAAUUCUCAAUGCAACCCAGGUUCCUGCUCUUGAUCGCCAUCCAGUGACCCUGGCUAGAAAUGUGAAUGUCCAGACACCAAAUGGAGGACCAGCUUUGGACUCUGCUGUGAUAAUCACUGCCUUGGGUCACUCCUGAGGAAAAUCAGCACUCUUAGGACAGUGAAAUAAAAUUUUAAAAUGCAGGGAACACUCAAACAGCAUCUGUGCAAGGGAAACAAAUGAUUCCGCUUGAUGAUAUUGGGUGAAAGUUGGAAAUAGUUUGAGAUAUAAUAGAUUUUAAACAAGUCACAAAGGCAAAGAAAUGGGAAGGGAGGAAGGAAUAACAGGAACGGUCUGUGAGAGGGUCAGAAGCCGGAAAGACUAAAUAUCAAAAGGUGCAAGAUGAUGUUGCAAGAACAAAAGAGAUGGCGAUGGUUCAAAUAAACAAAAAAUUGAAUUAUCAUGAAGAGCUGCUUGUGAAAAAAUGGAUUAUAAUCUGAAAUUGUUGAACUUAGUGUUGUGUCUGGAAUGCUGUAAAGUGCCUCAUCAAAAUAUGGGUUCUGAUCUCAAGCUUCCAUUUAACAUCAAUGAAAUGAUGUGUAGGAGGUCAAAAUCAGGAUGGAGACUAACUUCUGCUCAGCAGAUAAGGUUCAUGCUCACACUCUUGAUGGUGUUCCCAAAGCAUUCACCCUACCUAAUUCAGCCUUCCCGGUUGAGGAAACCACAAUGUCCCAUCAGAAAAGUCUAACCUGCAGAAGGAGCAAACAUUGGUAAUAUAGAGAAGCAAGAGCCAUUAGACUAUCAUGGCACUGAUCUUGGUAUAGAAGCUUGAGGUUGUAUCAAUGUUCUCCAUCAUUUACAAUGAUGAUACAGCAUGUGAUGGCCAGUGAUUGGGACAGGAGUAUGUCCACUUUAAGCUCCUUUUCCAACCACUCGUUAUUACACAGUUCCUCCCCAUCAAUAGGGAAAAUCUCUCACCCGAUAUCUACUCUCCUUUCUAUUAAAAUUCCAUCCUGUUUUUUCUUCCUGGUAUCCCAGUGGCUUCACCUGAAUGACAAUGAACUCUGUCUGUACUGUGUUCAUCAUGGCAAUCUAUUGGUGAUCCCCAAGUAUUUGAAAAUCCCUUUUAUUUCCUUGCUUAGUCGAGUACAAACAUCUAAUAGUAUGAUUGAUUAUCAGGUCAGUACCUGGGGUAUGUCCCCAUAAGAGUGCAUCCUGCAUAAGUGACCCAGUCAACUGCAAAGUUUUGAGGCUGAGUCAAGCCCCUGUGGAGUAGGACAUUCUCAAACCACUGCAUCUUCUUUACACAGCUUUCCGAAGCUCAAAAGUUUUGUGAAGCACUCAAUGCAUCUAUGGUAAUCUAAUUCAACCUUUUACCAAUUUUAUCAAGCUGAGGUAUGAAUUCUUCUGAUCUCUUUGCUGUAACUCAGUUGAAACUAAUCGGCUUCCUCCAAAUGAGAUACUGUACAUUCCAUUUUCUCCACUGACAGCUUUAAUUUCUUGGGUAGCUGGAUAUCUCACUAAAUCAUCACUGGUGUCAAUGCUUGGCUGUGAACAGCCUGUCACUGACUUAAGUGUCUCCAAUAUUCAGUUGUCUUCUCUCAGUGCUUGUGUUGUCCAGUGUUAAUUGUCAUUCACGAAGAGAGCAUGCACUAUGAACAACUAUGCGAAUAACUCUGCUUCAGUCUCUUCUUCCUUAUUCACUCCAAUUCCUCAAGUCUAACACUCAGCACAAGCUGCCAGUUUUGCACAGCGUUUGGUCAAUUAAGAUGUGACUUCCAGUGCAGUCAUGUGUUGUUGCUGCUGCUUUGUAUAAUGUAUUUAUUGUUCAAAAUCAAAAAAAUUUUAUUCCUGAACAUAUCGCUCUACAUCCAGUGCGGUUUCUGCUCAGAAUUUGUAAAUAUUAGAGCUGUGUUGUUAUUUGCACGAUUUCAAUAAAGUUCAGUUUCAUUUUA